CUGCAAGCCGACUCCAACUACUUGCUGUCAGAGGAGUUUGAGGACCUGAAGGACGUGGGCCGAAACCAGACCAUGGACACGGCCAGACUGCCCGAGAACCGAGGAAAGAACCGCUACAACAACAUCCUGCCAUAUGACUCCACCAGAGUGAAGCUGUCCUACCUGGAGGACGAUCCCUGCUCAGACUACAUCAACGCCAGCUACAUACCUGGGAACAACUACCGGCGGGAGUACAUCGCCACCCAGGGCCCGCUGCCAGGGACCAAGGACGACUUCUGGAGGAUGGUGUGGGAGCACAGCGUCUACAACGUCGUCAUGGUGACGCAGUGUGUGGAGAAAGGACGGGUAAGGCUCUGA